AUGUCUACACCUUCCAAGGACGUCUAUCUGGUUAUUGGCGGCAGUGGUUUCUUAGGGCGUCACGUCGUGGAGGCUCUGCUUGCCCGGGGCGACUCCGUGGCCGUCUUCGAUAUCGUCCAGCGGUACCACGACGUCCCCUUUUACUCCGGCGACAUUAGCGAGGAGGAGCAGGUGUCUGACGCGCUUCGCAAGAGCGGAGCGACAUGCAUCAUCCACACUGCGUCACCUCUCCACGGUCUGGACGACCCCGCGCUGUACUGGAAGGUCAACGUCGACGGCACACAGGCGGUCAUUAACGCUGCCGUCGCGAAUGGCGUGCCCAAACUUGUCUACACAAGUUCUGCUGGCGUCGUAUUCGACGGCAGCGACCUCAUUGACGUGGACGAGCGGAUACCACAGCUGGAGAAGGCCAUGGACCCCUACAACGAGUCGAAGGCGAAGGCCGAGCAGAUUGUCCUUGCUGCAAAUGGCAAGGGUGGCCUCUACACCGUCGCGCUGCGCCCCGCAGGCAUCUUCGGACCCGGCGACCGCCAGUUCCUCGCAGGCCUUUUCCAGGCGUGGCAGCGCGGACAAAGCCACAUCCAGGUCGGCGACAACACGAACUUGUUCGACUGGACGUACGUCGGGAACUGCGCGUACGCGCACCUUCUCGCCGCGGACAAGCUCGGGCCGGUCACACCGGAGGAGCUCGAGCGUAUGAAGGAGAACCUCAAGGUCGCGCUGCCGUCCAUCGAGUGCACGACCAAGCGGUCCCGCAUUCCGACAUCGAAGGCCCGCCCCCUCGGCCCGUAUGUGACACCCCCGCCGAACGCGGAGGAGAUCCUCGCGAACUGGAGUAACCCCGACUACAAGCCGGCUCAGCCCCGCCCGGCGGUGCGGUCGAAGUUCGACCAGUUCAGCGAGACCGCACUCGCGCGCUGCGAGCCCGAGUCGUCACCGCUGCAGGUCGCAGGCCAGGUGUUCUUCAUCACCAACGGGGAGCCGACGGGCUUUUGGGACAUGCCUCGCGUUGUGUACCGCUUCUUCGACGACCACUUCCAGAAGCCGAACACAAAACGUCGCUUGAUACUCCCACAGCAACUCGGGCUCAUUCUGGGGAGUGCGGCAGAGUGGUGGUCGUGGCUCGUAGGCAAGGAGCCUGGCUUCACGCGUUACCGGGUAACAUAUAGCUGCGCAUGGCGUUGCUUCAACAUCGAGAAGGCGCGGAGAGCGCUUGGUUACGAGCCCCAGGUCGGCCUGGAAGAGGGCAUUCGGAGGACAACGGAGUGGUGGGUAGCCGAACGGCAGAAGACCGGGAAGGCGUAA